UGUAAUUAUAAGAAAAAGUUGAAUUGCUUGAUAGGCACUGUAGGUUGAGGUCUAUGGCUGUGGUUGCCCACCAUUUCAAGAUAAAUGAAUCCAGUCUAAGGACCAUUAAGAAAGAAGGAGGCCCAUGCGCUGCAGCGCAGGGGGCGCGCGGGCUGGCCGGCGGGAGGCGCGGCCAGGUCGGGCUGGAGCUGGGUGGCUGCCUGCCCGGGGGCGGGAGACCCUACGGGAGGGCUGGGCUGAGGCCUCCCUGCGCCUCGGCCAUAUUGAAUAGCCACGGCUGAGCCCUCUUUGUCCGCAAAGUCCUCUCCGAAGAUCCAGCCGCGUCCCUGGUGCCUUGGGGGCAGGAAGAGCCACGGGCAGCCCGUGCGCCCCAUCUUGGAGCUGGGACACCACGUUUCCAGCUUGGAGUGGGCUUCGAGCCUGGGGACUGACCUCACCCCGGCUCACGUAAGCAUCCCGGGAAUUGAAUUCCACAAGUCCUUGGGGGGAGCCGGACUUGGCCAAGAUUGGACUUGUUGCAGGCGGAGAAGUUGGGAGGAGUUGGCUGGAGAGGUGAGACUCUCUGGUCAUCGUUGUUGGGACACCCCCUUCCGCACCCCUCUCCCCGGACCUCCUCCCCCUGCAAGACUAAGGGCUAAGGUUCGCUUGGGCUCAUUGCCCCUCACUCCAGAUACCACCCUGGAGAUCUUAAAGACUCUCGAGAAAAGCCAUGUGGGGGGCUGGUUCCCCUGGGGCUUCCUCCCGUCCCCUGACUGCCUGAUCCUUUGGAGCGUCCCCGAUGUCUGCAAAGAUGUGGAUUUGGACGUCCUCGUGGAAGCCUUAAAGCCCGUGGGGACUUUUAAGAAGAUUGGCAAGGUGUUCCGCAAGGAGGAGGACUCCACCGUGGGGAUGCUGCAGAUCGGGGAGGAUGUCGAUUAUCUGCUCAUCCCCCGCGAGGUCAGGCUGGCCGGGGGCGUCUGGAGGGUCAUCUCCAAGCCGGCCACCAAAGAAGCAGAAUUUCGGGAGCGGCUGAUCCAGUUUCUGGAAGAAGAGGGCCGCACCCUGGAGGACGUGGCCCGGAUCAUAGAGAAGAGCACCCCGCACCCUCCCCAGCCCCCCAAAAAGCCUAAGGAGCCCGGAGUGAGGAGGAGAGUCCAGCAGAUGGUGACUCCUCCGCCCCGCCUGGUCGUGGGCACCUACGACAGCAGCAACGCUAGCGACAGCGAGUUCAGCGACUUCGAGACCUCCAGGGACAAGGGCAACAAAGGCUCGAGGCGGGGCAAGAAGGUGCGCAAAAUGCCCGUCAGUUACUUGGGCAGCAAAUUCCUCGGAAGCGACCUGGAGAGCGAGGAUGAUGAGGAACUGGUCGAGGCCUUCCUCCGGCGAGGGGAGAAGAAGCCGAGCGCGCCUCCUGCGCGCCGCCGCGUCAACCUGCCAGUGCCGAUGUUUGAGGACAACCUGGGGCCCCAGAUGUCCAAGGCAGACAGGUGGCGAGAGUAUGUCAGCCAGGUGUCCUGGGGGAAGCUGAAGCGGAGGGUGAAGGGUUGGGCCCCGAGGUCCGGCCCAGGGACGGGCGAGGCCCAGCAGGCCUCGACCGCAGCGGAGAGAAAUGGGGCGUCGCUGCCGGCCAGCGCCAGCCGCGGGGAUAACGUGGGAGACGCGGCAGAUGGGCGCGUGCCCGAGACCUCCCCCCGAGGAUGGAGGCCCAAGAUCAACUGGGCCUCCUUCCGGCGCCGUAGGAAGGAGGAGACAGCGGCCACCGUGCAGGGGGCAGACAUCCCGCCAGACCAGGGGGCAGAGGCCGCAGAUAACCAGAGGGCAGAGGCUGAAGGUGACCAGAGGGAAGGGGCCCCAGCUGUCCAGGGGGCAGAGGCUGCAGAUAAUCAGCGGGAAGGGGUCGUAGCAGACCAGGGAGCAGAGGCCCUGAAUGCCCAAAGGGCAGAGUCUGCACAUAAUCAGAGGGCGGGGGCCCUGGGUGCCCAGGAAGUUGAAGCUUCAGCUGCCCAGGGGGCCACAGGGGCAGCCCCAGGAGCCAGGGCCCGGAAACAGGUCAAGACAGUGAGGUUCCAGACCCCUGGACGCUUUUCAUGGUUCCGCAAGCGCCGGAGAGCCUUCUGGCACACUCCCCGCUUGCCAACCCUGCCCAAGAGGGUCCCCAGGGCAGGCGAGGCCAGGAGCCUCAGGGUGCUCAGGGCUGAGGCCAGGGCCCAAGUGGAGCAGGGAGAGCAGGGAGAGCGGGAAGACCAGCUGUGAGCUGAGGGCCUGGUCCACAGAGCGACACCCCGCUGUCCUCUGCUGUCCCCUGCUUGGAACGAGGUGCUCUCUGCUUCCCUGCUUGAAAAUGAGGGCUGAGAGAAGGGCAGGGAGUGCCUCCCACAUUGCCGCCUAACAGCCUUCUUUUCUUGUUAAAGUUUUCUCUCUCAUGCAUUGAUUUUUUAAAAAAAAUACUGACUGCUUGUAGCAACCCAAAAAUGUAAAUAAAGAAAUCGAUACAGUGGGGUUGCAUCGCCUAUGACUUUAACUUCCUCAAAUGCAACUCUAGGUGCUUGGCUUGACAAAAGGAGAGAGGCAGGGUAGGGGAGAAAUUCCUUUUCCUGUCUCCCUUUUGCCUGCACACUUAACCUUGACUGCCUCCUUGAACUUAAAAAAGAGGGCUCAAGCCAACAUGCAAAUAAAAUGUUUACAAAUUGAUUUCUUGGCUUUGAACUUGGCAACUGCUCCAGGGUGACUUGGCCCUUGCUGUCGAUGAUGGGGACCCCUGUGUUGGCACCAGAGACAUGGCUUUCCUAGAGCUGUCUGUGCAUCCCUGGAAUCUGUUUGUAUCAAGCCUCACAAACAUCUGAGCAGCUUGUCCACUGGACACGUUGGAAAAUCAUUGCGACAGGAGCAGACCCCAAAGGGACGUUGUGCUGUAGUGUGCCAUAAUUGCUUGUAAUUGGGGAGAAAUGGGGUCCUAAGGCCCUGUGGAUGCUAGGAGGAAGCUGGGGGUGUCUUUCUGUAUUGCCCUGUGCCCCCCUCCACCCACAGCAGUGAAAAAAUGGACAGCAAUCAGCACACCCCAGCCUCGCUGAGGGCGGGAGAAAAGGGAUUUGACUGAGGGGAGUGGUCCAAAGGCCAGUUCUGUCUUCCUGUCUGGCUGCACGCCUGGCCUGAGUUUCUUCCUUUUUUUCCUUGGGAACUAAAGAAUUCUAUCCUGCCACCCCCGUUUCUUUGUUGCCUUCCCUGUUGUUUUCUGCAUAGAGUGGUUACUGAUCACCCUGUGGCCUUGAUCUUGGUGGUGGACACUCAGCUGUUUAGUUCCUGGCUCACAGCCUGGCAGAAAGAGGCCCCAAUGGGGUUUGGAAGGAGGACAAGGUGUGGACCCCACCUGGGGCAGGGGGAUGGACUUGGCAGGUGUCUGGAGGAAGAGCCAGGCUGUCUGAGGAAGUUUCUGGAGCGACUGAGGCAUGCUUUCCAUACCAAGCUGGUGGAGACGGUGGGGGCUGUCCUUUGCUAAUGGCCACAUUGGACGGCAGAGGACUCAUGACCUCGGGGGACCAGGUCUGCUUGGGGAGCUGGAAAGUGGAAGGGAACAGCAAAGACAGACCCCUGGAGAAACUCAGAGACAGGGACAAAAUCGGGGGCUGGGAGGAGCAAACGGCUUGUGUGUAAUAAACUCUACCUGUAGCCUGAAAAAAAAAAAAAAAAAAAAAAAGAAAGAAGGAAAUUCUGAAGCCCUUGCUGUCGCCAUGCCAGCAGGCAUGAAAACCUUGCAUUCUUUUUGAGAAAUACCUUUAUCUCGUAUUGAAAAGGUAGCUUUUAUGUGGAUGCAGGAUCGCUAUGAGAAAGGCGUAUCUGUAUACUCUAAUGUGAUUUAAGAAAAAGUGAAGUCAUUAUAUGACAAAUUAAAGCAAAAGCUCACUGCAACUUCAAACUUCUGGGCUCAAGUGA